UCAGGGAAGUGCAGGGAAAACUGACUCGUUGGUGGGACGUGAGGGCUUGCGGAGCGCCAAAGGCGAGCCCGGCGGGCCAGUGCUGGGCGCCCACGGUGGUUGGAACACCUCUUCCAACGCCUCUCUGGGAAAUUGUUUGGGUAAGGUCAGGUGGUCCAUCACCUGAAUGAUUAAAAGUUGUUACCCUUGGGGGGAGAAAUGGGGCAAAGGAGAACUGGCUCUUGGAGGUGGGCUAGAAACUACAAAACCGAGCUUCUUGGGAACGGCUUUUUAGUCUAACAGGAAGUGGAGCGUCACCGAAAGGGAGGGGCGGCCACCCGGGACUGCCCUCUUCUUCAGGCUCUCUCUUUGUGGGCAGCGUUUCAUCCAGGUUAUCAAUCCAGCGAAUAAUGCCGGGUGAAUGCACGCUGCUGGGUUUGGAAAAAAAAUGAAAAAUGAGCAAGCGAGACCCCCCUUUCGUUUCAUCGUAACCAAGCUGGAAGCAAAUAAAUCGGCUAGGUCCCACUGCAGUCUUCUGCGCUCGAGUGCCAAGAGAGCCUGUUCCUAUCAAUUACUGAAGCCAUAAGGAAAAUUUUUUUAAAAAAUUAAAACUUUACCAUAAUGAGAACAGGCUGCAGAGAAAGUCCAGGAGAGAAUAUCCUUGAAAGCUCUCCAAAAAGAUUACUGCAAGGGAACAUUUCUUUUCAAAUCUGGACUUUUGAAAAGUGUUGCCACAUCUGCAAACUCCCUGGAAGAGUGAUGGGGAUUCGAGUACUUCGUUUCUCUUUGGUGGUAAUCCUUGUGUUACUGCUGGUAGCUGGGGCUUUGACCGCUUUACUUCCUAAUAUCAAAGAAGACAAGAUGCUCACUUUGCGUAGGGAAAUAAAAUCCCAGGGCAAGUCCACCCAGGAUUCCUUUACUCUCAUAAUGCAGACAUACAACAGAACAGAUCUCUUGUUGAGACUUUUAAAUCAUUAUCAGGCAGUACCAUAUCUGCACAAAGUGAUUGUGGUGUGGAACAAUGUUGGGGAGAAGGGACCAGAUGAGUUAUGGAACUCUCUAGGGCCUCACCCUGUCCCUGUGAUCUUCAAAGUACAGACAACAAACAGGAUGAGAAAUCGACUCCAGGUCUUUCCUGAACUAGAAACCAAUGCGGUGUUAAUGGUAGAUGAUGACAUGCUAAUUAGCACCCAAGACCUUGUUUUUGCUUUCUCCGUGUGGCAGCAAUUUCCUGAUCAAAUUGUAGGAUUUGUUCCAAGAAAGCAUGUGUCUACUUCCUCUGGUGUCUACAGUUACGGAGGUUUUGAACUGCAAACACCAGGGUUUGGAAAUGGUGACCAUUACUCUCUGGUGCUGAUUGGAGCCUCAUUCUUCCAUAGCAAAUACCUUGAACUCUUUCAGAGGCAACCUGCAGCUGUCCAUGCUUUGUUAGAUGAAACGCAAAACUGUGAUGAUAUUGCCAUGAAUUUUAUCAUUGCCAAGCACACUGGGAAGACUUCGGGGGUAUUUGUGAAACCUGUAAACAUAGACAAUUUAGAAAAAGAAACCAAUGGUGGCUAUUCUGGAAUGUGGCAUCGAGCUGAGCACUUUCUGCAGAGGUCUUAUUGUAUAAAUAAGCUUGUUAACAUCUAUGACAGCAUGCCCUUAAAAUACUCCAACAUUAUGAUUUCUCAGUUUGGUUUUCCAUAUGCCAACCACAAAAGUAAAAUGUGAAAGUAAAACAAACAAAAACAAACUCAAAACUGCUUGGUAUUUGAGUAGCUUCUUCAUGCUAUGGUCGGUUUAUUUAUUUAUUUAUCUUUAAGCACAUCAUGAACUUUUUUCUACUCCAGAAGUCUCUACAAGGGGGAAAAGGUGCUUAGGGCUUCUAGCAUAUAAAAUUUAAAGGCACUUCAAAACCCAAGAAGCUGGUAUUACCCAGAUAGGUCUUCCUGUGAGAAGUUUUCAUCCACAGAUAUGAUUCCUUGGUCAACAAUUUUAUUGUUUACAUCCUGAGACCGUUCUACAAUUUAAAAAAAAAUUUUUAAUUGAAGUAUAGUUGAUUUACAGUGUUGUGAUAAUGUUCUACAGUUGUUUUGACUCCUGGCACUUGCCUUAAGGACCUUUAGCAAGCUGUUUCCAGGAUCAGAAACUCAGGACAAGUAUUUCUCAGCUUUUUCAUUAAAGGAUGAUUAUUGUCAUUUGAAGCCUGAAAUGCCUCUUCAACAAAAGCCUGUGGUAUAGGGAAAAGCCAUGUGAGGAUAGAAUAGUCUCAAUCCCAUAUAAAAAUGAGUGGAAAUUUUGUGACUAUCAGUACUUCCCUUGUGGUCCUUCCAACCAGCCCUUUCCAGGACUAACUUAUCCCAGCAUGAUUUUGGUGUAACCAUCAGUGCUUUUAUUUCUGUGGAUAUCUGUUGUGACUGGGAGGGUUAAUUUUAGUAGCUAAAGGAUGUCUAGUUGUUCACUUGAUUUUUAUGAACAUUUACUGCAUGGAUCACAAGUGCAGCCUCUGUUUCUUAACAUGCAACUUAUAUGCAGUGGGGAGUAAAUGUGUUACUAGAUUCAGGUCGUGCAUUUUGUCACUGAAUCUGACUUUGAGAUUGCACAUUAAUUCUUAGAUUUUACAUAAAGUAUGUAUUGUUUAAGAAACAUGUAUAAAAUAACUCUUUUGAAAGAAUGUUUAAGUAGGAACUGGCAGAAAUUACAACCCUUACUAUCAAAUGAUCUUUAUUGUUAUAAAAGCGUAGGUUAUCUCCUGGAUACUAAAACGUGUGUAUUACGCACUAAGUCAAUCUCUUGCAUUCAGAACUUCUUCCCUCCACACAGCAAAAGAUCCAGAGAUCAUUUCAAUUACAUAGAUACAGGAAAAAAUAAGAGACCUGAGUCAUAGUAGAGGAAUUCCACAGGGAGUCUGCAUCAGCUGAUUGUUAAGUUGCCCACUUCCUGUUAUGUGAAUUAGUAUCUGUUCCACACGGUGUCUGUGUUUGGUCCUCGUUCACUAUUGGUGGAAAGGAAUACUCAGGCCUCUUUCUGCCACCUUCUCCUCUUCCUAUGCCCCCUUCUGCUCCCAUUAUGCCGUUAUAUUCUCAAAAUUGCAAAGCUAUGAAAAUAAUCAUGGUUAAUGUUCCAACAAUGAGGUCUCUGUGCAACUAGCUCAGUGUAUAUUGUUCCUUUACAUGGGCAUGUGUAUGUAUCUUAAUGCCAUCAGAGAAAGCCAAUAGAACUCGCAGCCUCACUAAAAAUUUAUAGUGUUAAUUAUCUGCUUUGUCCAACCUUGGUAGUGACUUUUUGCCUCUUGAGAUUGGCAGAUAAAUAAAAUAAACUU